AUGACGACCUUACUUCUUUGCAACUGCGCUUUGGCGAGCGUAGUCCAGACGUUGGAAUCAGGUGCUUGCAGCUACCCGAAGAUCCCAGUGGAAUGGGUAUCUGUGGGUAAGAAAGAAUUUGACACCAUGAAAUCAGACACUAUUCAGCGUGACCCGAUUGCAAACAAUUCAAUUGUAAUAACGCUACUGAUGCUCGAGUGGUUAGCAAAGUAUUUUGGAAGAGGAGUUUCGCUGGACGACACAUUUCAUACAACCAGAUAUAAUUUAAGACUAGUCACCCUGAUGGUAUCAGAUGAGAAGGAUCGCGGUCUCCCAGGAGGGUCAGCACAAGUAGUUAUGAACCUUUCUUCCCAGUGGAACAAUGACAAAAGCAGAUGUCCAGAGGUUGUUCAUGGAAGUGAGGAGUUUAUUGCCCAAUUUUUCCCUACGACCAUGAUGACAGAUGAGGCCCGUGUUUCACAAUGGAUUCUGUGCUGUUCUCCCGGAAGCGCGUACACGGCUUUACUUUUGCAGGUUCCAUAUAUGGCAAACGUGGGAAAGGAAAACAAUAGAGCUUGUGAAGGUUUGUGGGAUUCCGUGUUCGGUAUUGAAAAGAAAUAA